AUGACCCUUACUCGACGAACAUUUCAGUUCGUAGUAAAGCUGGUCAGAAAUUCAGUGGAAAAAAGAGAUACCGCGACAAUAAUAAUAACCGGCAAAGUGCCAACGAGCCGCAGUGGCAUUGUGGCGUCUUGCCAGUCGGAAGCGUACAGAACUGUUGCCUCCAUGUUCGGAAUUGGAAAGUCUACUGCUGUCGAGAUCAAAAACAGUUUUAUUCACGCCUUACAUGAACUUUAUAAAGAUUGGAUUACAUUUCCUGCAUCAGUGCAAGAGACCGGUGAAGCCAUUCAGCGAUUCUCUGAUAACAAUCUCUUCAACAUACUGCAGAUUUUAGGCGCAAUUGAUGGAUCACACAUCCCUAUAAAGUCUCCUAAGCACAAUAAGGAGAGCUAUUUGAACCGGAUGCAUUUUUACUUUAUGAAUCUCCAAGAAAAUGUGGGCUUCGAUGGUCGGUUUUUAGAUAUAUCAGCAGGUUUUCCAAGUAGCAUUCACGACAGCAGGGUACUGCGAAUGAGUGGACUUUAUGGUAGACUACCAGGGAACGACAUUCUCCAAGGCCCUUACAUAAAUUUAAACAGUGUUUCUAUUGGCCCUUUAAUUGUUGGCGAUAGCAUCUACCCACUUUUCCCUUGACUUUUGAAACCUUGCCAGAAUGUGCAUAAUUUAGACCCAACAAAACUUCAAUUUAACACUGUCCUGUGUAAGAUUCGUGUGAUUGUGGAGCACACACUUGGUGUAUUGAAGGGAAGGUGGAGAUGUUUGCGAAAAGAAUUGGAAUCUUAGCAGAAAACGCCCCAGGAACAAUAGCUGCUUGUAUUCUUCACAACAUCUGCAUUGAAAAUGUGGAGCCAGAUCUUGACAUUGAUGACAGCGACGACGAUGAUGAUAGCAAGGAUGAUUUUGUUGAUGGGGGAACAAGUGCCAAUGCAGACCCAGUCAGGGGUGUUUUGCAAAGAAAUCUUUUACAUUUGUAA